AUGCAAAGCACGGGAUCGAAUGUAACGGCAGAGGGAGCAGACCUGUCAGGUACAUUUCUUGGCGACCGGGGUAAGACCCGAGUGGGAGGGGUGCUGUUGAUUAGCGAGAAUGUGAGAAACUGCAACGCUAGUAUUGGUCAAUAUUCUCCUGAAUGGAUCCCCCUGGUGAUGGCGGCUACUGCGGACAUCCAUUUUACGUCCUAUAAGGGAAGAAAUUGCGAAGAGGAAACCGUCUGCUCCUGA